AUGGGAUGUGGAGUUCUGACUACAUACACUGAGAUCGCAAACAUAGCUGGUCUGCAUGGGUUGCUCGUGUACACCCUGACUGGUGCGAUUCCUAUCUUCAUGUUCUCGUUCUUUGGUCCCUUGAUCAGAAGAAGAUGUCCCGAUGGAUUUGUUCUUACCGAGUGGGUGUUUCUCAGAUAUGGUCGCAUCUGUGGCUGGUACUUGUCGGUCUUCACAAUUCUGACUAUGUACUUGUACAUGGUCUCUGAACUUACUGCUGUUCAGUAUGCCAUUGAAGCCUUGACAGGUAUCAAUGCCACUCCGUGCCUGAUCAUCGAGUGUGUAGUGACCUCUAUUUACACAGCACUCGGUGGUUUCAAGGUCUCAUUUAUCACUGAUACCUGGCAGGCGGCUUUUGUGAUGAUAAUCAUGGUGGUUGCGAUCAUCGCAUAUGCCACCAACAUCAAUAUCGACAUGACACUGAAGCACGAAACUGAGCACCAGCUUCUGGGCGCCAACAAACUUGGUUGGAUGCUGGUAUACAUUCUUUUUGUUGCCAUUUUAACCAACGACGCUUUCAUGGCUGGUUUUUGGUUAAGAACUUUUGCUGCUAAGACGAACCGUGAUCUGUUUAUCGGCACCGGUAUCGCAUCUUUUGUAGCUUUUUUCCUGUGUUUCUUGGUUGGUAUCACCGGAAUAAUUGCGGUGUGGACUGGCGACUUACAAAUCAAUGAUCCUGAAGGUUACAACGCGUUCUUCAUCCUGAUUGCCAAUAUGGGAACUUGGGUAACCGUCAUCAUUCUGAUUUUCGCUGUGGCUUUGUCUACUGCCACUUUUGAUUCGUUACAAUCUGCAAUGACAUCCACGAUUUCGAACGAUUUGUUCAGAAACAAAAUCUCCAUCAACUGGAUUCGUUUGAUAGUUCUGAUCAUCAUGGUUCCAUGUAUCGUCGUUGCUGUCAAGGCUGCCACGAAUGUCUUGCAGAUCUACUUGAUUGCGGAUCUGGUUUCGGCCUCGAUCAUCCCUGUGAUGUUUCUCGGACUCUGGGAUAGAAUGUAUUUUCUGACUAGCUGGGAAGUCAUGGGUGGUGGUCUUGGAGCACUGGUAGGUGUAUUCAUUUUUGGUACCGUGUAUUACGGGAAUGCCAAAGACGGAGGUAAGCUAUUGCUCGUAUGGAACGGAAUCUACGAUUCGGAGGAUUGGGGUCCUUUUGGUGCUUUUGUAAUUGCUCCAUUUGGCGGUAUUCUUAUUGGAUUUGCGAUUUUGGCCAUUCGUCUGGCAAUCUUGAAGGUAUACUCCAAAGCAAAGGGUAAACCGUUUACUGCCCUCGAUAAGCCGGCCCCAAGGGCUCCUCCCUCUGAGCUUACAGAGGAAGAAUCCGUGGAGCGCGAUAUCGAGGACACUGUGCCAAAGGAUAUUGAUUCCUUUGAGAAUAUUUAG